GUGUGAUUUGUAUUGUGUUGAGCCGAAUUUCUUCACUUGCAGCUGUGCAUCAACCGACAGUCCUUCAUCAUCGGAAGUCAGAAUCAGAGUUGGAAUUGACAGAAAUUGGUGAUGCUGUAUGUGGGACACUGUCUGGAACAGCGGGUGCGUUGUAAUAUGUUUUUCCCUGCCAGUGUGCUGGGCUGUGCCAUAGAGAAUAGGCCUUCAAGUCGCAACAUGUUAAACAUACGGAUGAAACAAGCGGCACGGCUUGGUAACCAGGUGAAGCUGCCGGAGGAUGUUUCUACGCCAAGUCAAGCAAAGUUGGCAAAGCCACCACGGCGGUCCACUGAUCCGGACCCCCAAAUGACCUCCCCAUAGACUUAUAAACUUUCCCGCUUCUCUUUUUGUCCAUGGUCUAUUUCUUCUGCUCCUUCCGUGUCUGCUUCUGCCUAUUCUUCUGACCACGAACCCGACCCUUUCGUAUUAUAUUCCCAAUCCUUACAUGAUUAUACUCUCAGGCUUUGGACAGAGUCUCGUAGAGUUGCAGAAGAGAAGGCGAGGGCAAAAGCUGCAAAAAGAGAAGAGGAACAAAAGAAAAAGGCCCUCAGCUCGUCCUCACUCAAUUCUUGAGCCCCGUCAAACCAACUCUCUUAUCAUUUAUCGUGCCGUAGACACGCCCGCCAUUUCUCACAUACAACCUCGUUAUUAAGCUAGCAUCGACGGUCCUCUCUGACAUCAUCCACUCGUUGUAAAGUCAGUCCUGUGUCCACAGACGUCGUGUUACUGUAUGCCGUACCGUUGAUGGAUGUACGAUCCAUACUACCACCAAUUCAGUUAUAUCUCCAGUAUAUUAUCUCGCUAUCUCUUCGUCGCCCAUUUCCCCUCCCGCCUUAAUUUCGUAGUAUCAUCUGCAAUAUAUCUUCAUGAUCUCUUCGACCCCAUGAUCUACUAUUUUCUCUGACACUACGUUUUAAAUGGAGUUAUUCUUUUUUUAUUGUCGC